GUCAUGUGUGCUGAGACUGAGAGGGGUAAAGAGGGGGGAGUGUCUCAGUGAAUGGGAGUCACAACUCUUGUGUGUGAUCGUCUGAGUGUGAGGGUAAAACAGAGAGAGAGCAGGCGCCUGUUUCUACUUGUGCCGUCCGCUGAGGCUGCUGUGAGGCUUGCCACAUCUGAACCCCUCUCCUGUUAGACUCAGCUGGAGCUUUCUGCCGCUCUGAGCAGCCGUUGGCUCUGAGUGCACGAUUCUGUGAAUGGGAUGGCACGAAGAGAUGCUUGCUGAGGAGUGACUGAUGAGAACCAGCGCUCCAACGUGGAUGGUGACCCCCCUGUGUCUGUGCCACCACUACUCGGGGAGAUUUAGGCGCCUGGCGUUUCCACGACGACUAUAAUGGGCUGCAAUCUGUGCACUUUACAGAAGAGAGAGGAACACUACAAGCUGCUGUAUGAAAUUGCACAGGUAAAUGGGAAGGAGUUGUCAAAAUCGAGCCAUGAUGAGACUGUGGAGGCCUUCCGAGCUUCCAGGGACCCUGUCGUGGUGCAGGUCAUCAGGCGUACCCCCAGUGGCCGCCCUCACGGCCCCCCUCAGGAAAUCCAUGUGGUGGAUGUGUGCACACAGACAGACAUCACCUUUGAGCACAUCAUGGCGCUGGCAAAACUCCAGCCUUCGACCCCUCCUGUGCCUGAUGUCUGUCCCUUCCUGCUCUCUGACAGCUGUCAUUCCAUUCAUACAAUAGAUCCAGAUUACUACGAGGGUACGGACUACCUCUCCCCGGUCCCGGCUGAAGGAGAGAGAACAGAGGAGCUUGAGUAUGAGGAGGUUGAACUUUGUCGUCUCAGCAGUCAAGAAAAACUUGGCCUUACCCUUUGCUACAGGACAGAUGAAGAAGAAGACGUGGCCAUAUAUGUCAGUGAGGUCAGUCCCAACAGCAUAGCUGCCAGAGACGGACGGAUCAGAGAAGGAGAUCGUAUCUUACAGAUUAACGGUCAAGAUGUGCAGGACAGAGAAGAGGCAAUGGCUGCUCUCUCCAGUGAUGACUUCAGGAACAUCAUCCUACUAGUUGCCCGACCUGAGAUGCAGCUGGAAGAGGCAUGGCUGGAUGAUGAGCAUAGCGAGUUCCUGGAGCAGCUGAAGAUGGAAAUGUUGGAAGAGCAGCAGAGAGAGGAGAUGGAAUUAGCUGCCUUGCAAGAAGAACAGGAGAAGCAGCAGAGGUCAGAGGAUGACAAGCCUUCAUGUUCUACAUUUUCUUGUUCAAAAGACAGUGUACAAAAUCCAAAAGAGAGAAAAGAAAGCUCAGACCAUAACGUCUUAGCCCAAAUCCAGAGACAUCUGUCCCGCUGCCUACGAGACAGUCAGGACUCGCAGUCUACCAGUGGUAGCAAACGCUUUGAAGAUAACGAUUAUGAGGACAACGAUGAGACAGAGGGAGAUCGUUUCCAGCAACUUUUGGAGCUUAAGUGUCAGAUACGCAACAGUGGCGAGUACGACCUGUUCUACAGCCGUCGCAGCACUAUAGAGUGUAGCAUGGCAGAGCAGAGCGACGUCCAGCAUGAGCUGCGUAUGCUUAACGAGGAGUUGCGCAGUAUUGAACUUGAGUGCCAAAACAUCAUGCAGGCCCAUAAGCUGCGUAAGAGUCAGCAGUCUCCUUUAAUGGGACGUUCUGCAGCUUCCAUCAAAAAUCAAAGCCCCAACCAUGGAGAGUCUGUUAAGGGUAAGCUUGCAGACAUCAAUGAGAGGAUGGAAAAGUCUGACAAGGACAGCUCCAGUGCCUACAACACUGCAGAAAGUUCUCGGAGCACUCCUUUGGCAAUGGACCGCUCCCCAGAGCACUCUCUCCAGAGAAUGGUUAGCCUCACCAACCAGAGGAACCUCUAUGGUGGGCUUGCUACUGGAUACUCCCCUAGCCCAAGCCCCAUCCUAACCUGUAGAACCCCUGUUCCAGGCAAAAGCAGCAGCCCUGACCACAGCAACCCUUCCGAGUCUGAUCAGACAACUCAUGCUGAGGACAGUAAAAAAAAGUUAAAACAAUGCACUUCUCGGAUUCCUUACUUCUCUCCUUCGCACAGUUCCCAGCAGAGACAGGCCAACAUUCCUGCCCAUGCUCGUCACUACCAGAGCUACAUGCAGCUGAUCCAGCAGCGUUCAGCUGUUGAGUAUGCUCAGAGUCAGCUCAGCCUGCUUAGUGUCUGCAAAGAGCCUCAGAGACCCAUUACUGAGCCCAAGAUGGAGUGGAAGGUCAAGAUCCGCAGCGAUGGCACUCGCUACAUUACCAAGAGGCCUGUGAGAGACAAGAUCCUGAGGGAACGGGCCUUAAAGAUUAAAGAAGAGCGCAGUGGAGGAAUGACCACAGAUGAUGAUGCAAUGAGUGAGAUGAAGAUGGGGAGAUACUGGAGCAAAGAGGAAAGGAAGCAACAUCUGGUCAGGGCAAAAGAACAGAAGAGGAGAAGAGAAUUCAUGCAGCGCAGUCGUCUGGAAAGCUUGAAGGAGAACCCUCAAAGCAGCAGCGAGGGCCGUAAAGAGGUCAGUAUUAUAGAGCUCAGCCACAAGAAGAUGCUGAAAAAACGCAAUAAGAAGAUCUUGGACAACUGGAUGACUAUCCAGGAGCUGAUGACUCAUGGCACCAAGGCUCCUGAGGGAGCAAAGGUUCACAAUGCUUUCCUCUCAGUCACUACUGUAUAGGAUAAAGACAGCUUACAUUGUACCACAUGUGGUAAAAACAUACUUGCCUCGUUAAAUGUGGCAUUUUUAAGUGGACAGUCAGAGGAGUACUUUUCACUCUUUGUAUCCCAAAAAGAAUUUUUAAAGAGUUUAUCAGUGGCGUCAUAACAUUUUUGUGAUGUUUUUGAGAAUUGUUUUUCACAUGACCUGGGGAAAAUGACAUUUUCUAAGAAACAAUGACAAUUAUUUUAAUACUUCACUCUAAACAUGUUUAUCUUUUCAAUUAUAUUUUCAUAUUUAUGUUAUGCUAUAUUUUAUGAGGGUUGUUUGACAAUGGUCUCACAGACCAGCGGGUAACUUUCUUUCAUUUUUAUGAUUUUAAGUCUUUCUAAGUCAACAGAUUUUAUAUGCCUUUGUUCUGGAGUUAAAGUUGCAUCAGGUUCCUUUGUGGUUUUCAGGUGGGUAAAUAAACAACAAAUCACAAACAGUUUAAUUGAGUUACUAAAAUCCUAACAGUUUAUUAUUUUUCUCUUUUAAAUGCUGUUUCACAGAAAACUUUUGACAAGGUUAGGUAAAUUUUGCCAAUAGAUUUUCAACUAAAAUUGACUCUUUUCUAUAACAACAUAUAUUUACUCUGUAUGUAUAGAAACAAAUGCAUUCCAUAUGCACAGUGCUCUCCACAAUUAUCCGCACCCCUGGUAAAACUGGUGAAACAAUACCU